UAAGAAUGUAUUAUUUCUGUUAUUUUCAACAUUAGAAAUGACGCGGCAUCAUGAUUCCUCUUCUUUUUCGGGGUGUUUUCGAUAAUAAUAAAAGAUAAGGGACAAUGCUUGCAUUUUACAAAUUUACAGACCCUUCCAAGGAAAAAAAUUAAGAGCGGGGCUAGGGUUGUGGAUUUCGUGCUGUUUCCCUCCAAAUUGUAGGGGAGGUGUGUUUUGGGACUUCGGUGCAAAAGGGUUUUUCUUCGAAGUAACUGCCAGCACUUAGCAAAGCCUUCACUGAGUCAACAACAGAAUGGCGUCCUCUUCAUCAUUCGCCGCCGGCGCUUAUGACGUGCCGUGGGUUGAAAAAUACCGGCCAAACAAAGUCUCGGAGAUCGUCGGCAACGAAGACGCUGUGUCUCGACUCCAAGUCAUAGCUCGCGAUGGCAACAUGCCCAACCUCAUCUUAUCCGGUCCUCCUGGAACUGGUAAAACAACUAGUAUUCUUGCUCUUGCACAUGAGCUUUUGGGGCCAAACUAUAAGGAGGCUGUUUUGGAGCUUAAUGCAUCGGAUGAUAGGGGUAUAGAUGUUGUCCGAAACAAAAUUAAAAUGUUUGCUCAAAAGAAAGUAACUUUACGUCCUGGGCGGCACAAGAUAGUUAUCCUGGAUGAAGCUGACAGCAUGACAUCCGGUGCACAACAAGCCUUGAGGAGGACAAUGGAAAUAUAUUCAAACUCUACACGUUUUGCUCUUGCUUGCAAUACUUCGUCAAAAAUCAUUGAGCCUAUUCAGAGCAGAUGUGCCCUCGUCCGAUUUUCAAGGUUAUCUGAUCAAGAGAUUCUAGGCCGACUCAUAGUGGUGGUAGAUGCAGAAAAGGUUCCAUAUGUUCCAGAAGGUCUUGAAGCCAUCAUUUUCACUGCUGAUGGUGAUAUGAGGCAGGCAUUGAACAACUUGCAGGCUACUUACAGUGGAUUCAGUUUUGUGAACCAAGAAAAUGUUUUCAAGGUUUGUGAUCAGCCUCAUCCAUUGCAUGUGAAGAACAUGGUCCGUCAUGUACUUGAAGGGAAAUUUGAUGAUGCUUGUUUGGGUCUGAAGCAACUCUAUGAUUUGGGCUAUUCUCCUACUGAUAUAAUCACUACACUUUUCAGAAUAAUAAAAAAUUAUGAUAUGGCUGAGUACUUGAAACUGGAAUUCAUGAAGGAAACCGGGUUUGCACAUAUGAGAAUCUGUGAUGGAGUUGGUUCAUAUCUUCAGUUGUGUGGUCUUCUGGCUAAGUUUUCUUUAGUUCGUGAAACUGCUAAAGCAGCAUAAGUUAGGUGGCUAGUAAUAUUAGAACCUGCUGCAUCUGGCAUCCUGAUGGUGAGAACCUUUAAUAUAGAGUGACGUCGCUUUAACAUUUAGAUGUAUUUGGUUUCAUACAUGGUACCUUGUGUUUCUGGGAGCUCUGAAAUUUCGUUAUAUGGGAACUUGUUGCCCAAUUCCUGAGCUUAUAAACCAUCUAAUUUGAUUUCCCUGUAAUGUCUCCUGUAUUUCAAGGCAGUGAAUGAAGGUGGCAAAUAUUUACUUGUGUCACUGUAGAUGCCAUUUUCCUCCUACAGAUUGUUCUUCGGAAAUGAUGGGACACUAAUUCACGAGUUGCAUACAAAAUCAAGUUGCAUUUUUAGCUUCAAUUUUUAGUCUACCAAACCCGAUCGUCGCUGUCGUUCAUAUCAUUGCUUAUCCAUUGUCAAGCGUAAGCAAAUAAACGAGGGAGCAGGGUGGUAAGGUUACAGCCGAAGCCCAUUAAGUAGCUCAAGGAUCUGAUGAUGGGCAAGUGGGUCGUAGCUUGCGAAUUUUAGGGCUUUACAAAUGGGUUUAAAGUAACAAUUUCCGUUCCCAAUUGUUCAUUUUAUGUGGUGGUAUUUUUGAAGAAGCUACCUAUCAUUUUAUUUAUUUUUGGUGGAUGAGAGCGACUAAAAAGAAAUAAAAAAGAAAUGGCAGAUGGCAAAAGCAAAGAGAGUCGCUUCAAAGCAACCAAUUCAGCCCACCAAGUCACCAAUGACCAACCAAUCCUGCCAAGUGCCAGCUCAUGCCUCUCACUCUAUCAUGUUUAUUUCGCAUUCCCUUCUGCAGAUUAACAUUUCACACAUUGACCACACACACGCACACCCCGCUUCAUCUCAGCAAAAUAAGAAAGUUGCUAAUAUAAUAUUUGAUAAUUAAAUAAUAUUAAUGUGAUCAAUCUCCACUGCAACAUACUUGAGUUUAAUAAUUUUAUAAGAGCAAGUGAUUUUCUUACUUUGUUUAAUUAGCUAGCUGGAAUAUGCUUAACGCUUUAAGAAAAGAAAAUUUUUUUUCCAUUGAGGGCAACGCGCUAUGAGGAAUGGGUGGCUUAGUUUGAACCCAAAUUCUUGUCUUCCUUAAAGUGAAAGACAAACUACAUUAUUUGGUCAACUUACUGCUUUAACCAUAGAAGGACAAACUACAACAAAUGGGUAAGGUUUGAGAAGACAAACAAUUGUCAUCAACAAGUUGAACAUAUUAUCCAUAUAUGUUGCUUAAAAAAAUGUUGAAGAUGCAAGCUGUGAUUUGUUAAACAUUUCCAUUUGGACAAUUUGCCAUAUAUAUUGGUAAGUUAAGGAACUCAUGAAUGAGAAAAAGGUUGUGUUUCAGCUUAUAACAACUACAACUACAACUCAAACCAACUCCUAAAACAAAAGAAACCAAUUUGAAAAUGACAUAACAGAAAGUAUUCAAGCUUGGUUGCUCUUCAUUUUUGUUUAUUACACUCCACACAACAAUCUUCUAACACAUUUAAUUUGUUAAUAUAUACAUUUUAAUCAUUUCAUUGAAAAGAUUAAAAGGGAAGAUAUAGUUACAAAAAGCCAGAUUCACAUCCCAUAACGUUCAUUUUGUUUCACAAAAGGUUAAAAGAAUGAAAAGUGCAUCACUUUUUUUUAUUUGAGUUCACUGAGGUUUGUCCAAUUCUCCAGUUAAAAGGAACCCAAGUUUUUCACUGCUUUUUAAAUCAUCAUUUUGUCUCAUAAUGUCUCGUCUCAGUCCUCUCAACCUCCUUUUACGAGUUAUUGUAAGAAUAAUUAAUCUUUUUCAUUUUUUUCUAGUAAUUAUCUGUUCAUUUUCCAUAAAACAUCAAGAAUAACAAUUAAUACUUGAUUUCCACUUCUUUUUCUUGUGAGAUUUGAUUUCCAUAAUUAAAACCGUGUGGACAAAGUUUUGCAAUUCAAUUUUAUUCUAUUCUAUUGCAUAAAACACAAGGUUACCCUACCAAACCCCGCUGUCUUCCUGACAAACCAUCGAGAAGCAACCCACGGGAGAAAGAGGUAGACAGUUCCAAUCCUAAAUUAUUACUACGUUUUAAACUUAUAACUCGAACGGUUAAAUCUGCAACCAUAAGAGAAACAAAGCAAAACCCAACUUUCUUUCUCUAUUUAUUUCCCAUUCCUAGUCUUGAAUUUUUUCUUUCAAGCCACUCUUCUCGAAUAGAUAUAAACUUCGAUUCAAUCCCAAUUUCCUUUGAAAAAAAAAAAAAAACCCAGAAA